CACCUCGAGAGGAGUCGCAGCUCGGCAAGCCGAGGCUCACUGCGAGAGACGCAUCACGAGGCGCGUCCGCCGCCGCGUUUUUCAUUUUCCGUCGUCACCGAGUUUUCCGAAGGUGCACUCGCACCUGUCAAGAGGCCUACCGUGUCGCGCCGCUCGCGUAUCGCACGUGAAUAACGAAUUGUGAUUCAGUGAUACGGCCACGAGAAGAAAGAGCUUGGACGGUUUGGCAGGAGAAUUCCGAUCUCGUUCUGUUCUGAGAUCUCGGCUUGCCGCUCGGAACGCGACUCCGGAGCGGCGCCCGUCUCGAGAAAAGAAGAAACGUCUUGUCGACAGGGAGGAACGCUAUUUUUGCGCGUACAUCAACCUAGAGUACCCUGAAUCAUCGUCGAUGGCUUCGUUGUAAAAACUUCAAGACAGAGAUAAAAAAUAAACGGAAAAAUGCUUCAUGCUCGGUAUCGGCACGUGGCUUUCGCAGCUUUAAUUAUUAUUCUUACUAUUUUAACAGGAUCUGCUGAUCUUCAAUAUGGACAAAGAGAUCAUUACAGAGGACCACCACAGAGAGGACAGCACCCGAAGAGAGCACAUCCUUGCGAGCAGAGCUCGUGCUAUCCCGCGACUGGCGACCUGUUGAUCGGUCGUAAAAACAGAUUGAGCGCUUCGUCGACGUGCGGUCUCAAUGGCCCCGAAAGAUUUUGCAUCGUUUCGCAUCUGAAGGACAGAAAGAAGUGCUUCUUCUGCGACGCAUCGCAGGUCAAACAGCAGCAUAACAUCGAAAACAUUAUUAGCCAAAUAGGAUCGUGGUGGCAAGCCGAGAACGGAGUGGAAAAUGUCACGAUACGCUUCGAUCUCGAGGCGGAAUUCCACUUCACGCAUCUCAUCAUUCGCUUCCAAACUUUCCGGCCGGCUGCUAUGCUGAUCGAACGAUCGUAUGAUUUCGGAAAAACCUGGCAGAUAUAUCGAUACUUCGCUCACAACUGCGCGACCUACUUCCCCGGCAUUCCUGUCCAACAACCGCAAAAAUUAACCGAUGUCAUCUGCGAGGAAAGAUACUCGGCUGUGGCGCCGUCGUCUGGCGGUGACGUAAUCUUUAGGGUGCUGCCGCGAAAUUUGGAGAUCGACAAUCCCUACUCGAAGGAAGUGCAGACUCUCUUGAAGAUCACCAAUCUCAGGAUCAAUAUGAUGAGGCUCCACACUCUAGGCGACGAUUUACUCGACGAUCGGGCCGAGAUUCGCGAGAAGUACUAUUACGCCAUCCAACACAUGGUGAUCCGCGGCUCCUGCUCUUGCUACGGACACGCCUCCAAAUGUUUGCCGUUAUCCGGCGUCGUCGACGAGAAGAACAUGGUCCACGGCAGAUGCGAGUGCACUCACAACACCAAGGGUUUGAAUUGCGAGACGUGCGAUGACUUCUACAACGAUCUGCCGUGGAAACCUGCGGUCGGCAAGCAGACGAACGCUUGCCGGAAGUGCAAUUGCAACAAUCACACGGAAUCCUGUCACUUCGACGAAGCGGUUUAUGAGAGAUCGGGAAGAGUGUCAGGCGGCGUCUGCGACGACUGCCAGGACAACACGCGAGGGCAGAAUUGCGAGCAGUGCAAACCGUUCUACUAUCACGACAUGACAAAAGAUAUCUCCGAUAAAACAGCCUGUCAACCGUGCGACUGCGACCUGGAUGGAUCCUUGGACGACGGAAUAUGCGACUCGAGAACCGAUCUUAUCAGCGGCGACGAGUCUGGACGCUGUCAUUGCAAAGCAAACAUCGAGGGACGCCGUUGUGAUCGCUGUAAAAACGGUUUUUGGAACUUCGAUCCCGACAAUCCCGAGGGAUGUCAAGCCUGCACUUGCAAUACUCUGGGCACGAUCGACAAUCAGGGCUGCAACACGUUAACCGGCGAGUGUACGUGCAAACGCUACGUCACCGCGCGCGACUGCAAUCAAUGUUUGCCGGAGUAUUGGGGACUCUCCGAGGAUUCAGACGGAUGCAAGCCCUGCGACUGCGAUCCCGGCGGCUCGUACGAAAAUUCCUGCGACGUCGUUAAUGGUCAGUGCAGAUGCAGGCCGCACGUCAGCGGUAGAACUUGCAACCAGCCGGAGCAGAGCUAUUACACCGGCUCGUUAGAUUUUCUGAUUUACGAAGGCGAGCUGUCCAGAGCUACCGAUAACUGUCAAGUGGUGAUUAGAGAGCCUUAUCGCGACGGCAGGAACAGCACGUGGACCGGCACGGGUUUCAUGAAGGCUCUCGAGGGUUCGAUGCUGAACUUCACCAUUGACGACAUUCGCAGAACCAUGGAGUACGACGUGAUUGUACGGUACGAGCCGGUGCAUCCGGGAGUCUGGGAGGACGUGCAGAUUAUUCUCGAGAGAGACAGUCCGCCGGAUCCGAAUGGACCAUGUGCCGAUUGGAGACCCGAGUACGAUCGCUUGUGGGCUCAAUUGCCUUUACGUUCGAGGAGCGCCACAGCGCAGCCGGCUGUAUGUCUGGAAGCAGGAAAACGAUAUAAUUUACUGCUGCAAUUCCGCAAGUUCAACAGUCACUUGGAGACGCCUACAUCAGCUUCUAUCUUGGUCGACUCGAUUGUUCUGAAACCCAGGAUAGACGUGAUACCCUUCUUCAAUUUGCCGGGACCGGGUGAGCUGCGUCGCAUAGAAUACGAACGGAAUCGCUGUCAUGAAUAUUUCAACGAUGUUAACAGUGUGUGGAGCAACGUACCCGAAGUCUGCAGAAAGUAUCAAAAUAGCAUCGGCUAUUAUGUUUACGAUGGCGCUCAUUCUUGCGAGUGUAACCCGACGGGCUCUCGUAGUCUCCUGUGCGAGAACUACGGCGGAAUGUGUCCGUGCAAGUCGAACGUGGUUGGCAGACGUUGCGACCGUUGCGCGCCGGGAACGUACGGCUUCGGUCCGGAAGGAUGCGUCCCCUGCGACUGCGACGGCGUCGGUGCCCUCGACAAUUUCUGCGACGUCGAGACCGGUCGCUGCAAAUGCCGUCCCAACACCUACGGCAGAACUUGCGGCCAGUGCGAGCCCGGUUUCUGGAACUUCCCGCAUUGCCAGCGCUGCGAGUGCAACGGACACGCGGACAGUUGCGACUCGAAGACCGGCGCCUGUAUUAAUUGCCGAGACUUCACCACCGGACACAAUUGCGAUCGUUGCGUCGACGAUUUCUACGGCGAUCCGCGGAUAGGCGUGGAUAUAUCCUGCAGAGCGUGCCCUUGUCCGGGCACGCAUGAAUCCGGCCAUUCUUACGCCGACAGUUGUUCAUUAGACUCGGUGACCCAAGACGUGGUGUGCGAAUGUUUCGAAGGGUAUUCUGGGCCUCGGUGCGAGCAUUGCGCCGAAAAUUACUUCGGUCAUCCAGAGAUACCCGGCGGUAGCUGUCAGUUCUGCGACUGCAGCAACAACACGGACCUGCGCCGAGCCGGAAACUGCGAUCCGCACACCGGUCAUUGUCUCCAAUGUCUGUUCAACACUGCCGGUCCAAACUGCGAGAUAUGCAAAGCGGGAUUCUAUGGAGACGCACUGCAACAAGACUGUGGCGAUUGCGGAUGCAAUGUUCUGGGCACUGAUAAGGCCGCGGGACCGUGUAAUCAUCGUACUGGACAAUGCCCGUGUCUGCCGCACGUCAUAGGACAGCUCUGCGACUCCUGCGAGGAUUAUCACUGGAAAAUAGCUAGCGGAGAAGGCUGCGAUCCUUGCGAGUGCGACGUGGUUGGAAGCGUUUCAGAUAGGUGCAAUCCCUUUGAUGGCACUUGCGAGUGCAGGCAAGGAUUCGGCGGCAGACGGUGCAACGAGUGCCAGACGAAUUUCUGGGGCAAUCCGAACGUGGAGUGCUAUCCGUGCGAGUGCGACGUGAUCGGCUCCGCCAGCCAGCAGUGCGACCGAGAAACCGGGGUGUGCGUCUGUCACAAAGGCAUCGGCGGUGAGAAGUGCGACCAGUGCGACCGCGGUUACCACGGCGAAGCACCUCAGUGCAGCCCUUGCGGCGAGUGUUUCGAUAACUGGGAUCUGAUACUGGACGGUCUCAGAAAUAAGACGAACGCCGUGAUUCAGGAGGCCUCGAGGAUACAGAAGGUCGGCACGACCGGCGUGUACAGCCACGAAUUCGACGACAUGGAGGAAUCCUUGAACGAGGUUCGGGAUUUAAUCAACAACACCACCAUCAGCGCCCAAGAUCUGGACGUGUUGGACACUCUGGCCGACGAGUUGACGAAGAAUAUCUCCGAUUCGGCGAAGGAUUUGGAAGAAGCGAACAAUCUCUUGGAGAAUCUCAAUCAGCGAGUCAACCUCGGCGACGUCGCUUUAAAGAAGCUGAAGAACCGGACGAACAGUCUGCACGAGACCGCCGCCAAGCUGCGGGAAAACGCCACGAGAUUGCAGGAAGAAAAUGUGCAGGGCGCCCUGAACGUGACGCAACAGAUGGCUGAGCAGUCCAGACAGGCCGAGAAAAUGGCGAACGACACCAGCAACGUGCUGGACGACGCGGAGCGAUUCCGCAAGCACACCGAGAAUCUUCUAGUGAAAAAUCGCGACUCCAUGGACAAGGCGCAAAGGGAGAACAGGGAGUCAUUGACGAAGCUGAACGAGAAACUGAAGACAUUCAAUACGAUCAUGCCGGGAUUGAAUCUGCAGAUAUGCGGCGACAACGUGACGGAUUGCAGCAACGUUUGCGGCGGCGCGGGCUGCGGAUUCUGCGGAGGAUUGUCUUGCGAUGUCGGCGCUAUCACGAAGGCUGAGCAAGCUCUGGACGUCGCUAAACAGCAGGCUUCUACGAUCAAAAAACACAGGGAUUCGGCCGAGCAGCUGUUGCGCAAUAUAAGCAUAGUCAAGCAGGAUGCGACGGCGGCGAGAUCCAACGCUCAGGAUGCCUUCAACUACGCGUGGGACGCGCGCAACCGUUCUGACAAAAUCACCAAGGAACUCUCGGACAUAACUAAGCGAAUUUGGAGCAAUCUGGACGAGGAUCAGCCUACACCGGCCAUGCUGAGAGACCUCGCGUACGAGGUGCUCGGAAAGGACAUCCUUUUGCAGCCGCAAGAAAUCACGCAGCUGGCCGAUAACAUCAAGAAUAUGGUGGGCUCGCUCACCGAUUCCGAGAAGAUUCUCGCCGAUACGAAGGACGAUCUUGAAAGAGCUCGCAUACUUCUGAAAAACGCCUCAGACGCGAAGAACCUAGCCAUCGAGAAAGAAGCUGUAGCGAACAAGAUAAACGUGGCGCUAAACGACACGCGGACGGCUCAGUACAUGGCGCAGAGCGCGAUCGACAAAGCGGAAGCCGACGUGUCAAAGUCUCAGGAAGAUUUGCAAUACAUCGCUAACAUAACAAUGACGGCUCAGAUUCAGGCAAACAGCACCACGCAAUCGGUGGACAGUCUGGAAGCGCGUCUGAAGCAGCUUCAGCAACAAUCCGCGAAACAGAGCUUCGUCCUGACGGAAAUCGGCGCUCAGGCGCGAAAGGUCGCCGACGAGGCGCAGACGAUCGAUGGAAAGACGAAGAAACUGUCGGAGGAGUACAAGAGGGCGGACGAAUCGCUGAAUCAGCGGGUGCAUAAAAGCAAGGGCGACAUUCAGCGCGCGAAGAAACUACUACAACGCGCCUCCGAGCUGACCGCGGACACUUCGACCAAGUUCAAAGACCUAGAUGGCAUGGAAGGCGUUUACAAGGAGAACGAACGCGUGCUGGCGGACCUGAUGAACGACGUGGACGUGCUGACGAUGGAGAUGGAAAGACACCUGACGGAAAUCGAGCAGAAAUCGCAGUUGUACAGACAAUGUUCCGCUUAAAACUCACCGCGGUUAGUUGGAAGCCGUUAUUCCUUCCGAUCGAAUUUUAUCUGUGAAGAACGACACAUGUAUGAUACCAGCGGAUUUUCCUUUUGUUCGACACAAUUAGCUUCGCGAUGAAAAAUAUCUCACUCACUUUAGAGAUAAUAUCUUUUUUUUUUUUAUACUACAUGAAAAUUUCUCGUCUUUAUAAGAUCGGUGCUUUAUACUUGUGCAAUAGGCCGUAAAGUUUUACAUUGAUUUGUAGGAAAUGCAUUUAUAUGGUUUAACAUUCGCAAGUUAUUCUCGAUAGUAUUGCGAAAGGCAGAGAGAUUAUUAUUGGUGCCAUAAAUGUAAGCGGAGGGGCCAUUAGUAGUUGUAAAGAGAAUAAUCUGUACGUAUAUCUCGCUUCAAGCGCAACUGCCAGCAAGACGCUAUUAUUUUUUUUUUCCUAGCUUUUAGCUUCGCUCGAUUUUCUCCUCUUUCUUGCAAUUUUUAUAUUUUUACAGCAUAAUACUUUUUUACCUUUAUAGUAAGAAUACACGUUCUGUCUGCUGACAUAUAUGCAUAUUUUACAACAUUCAGUACUUAAACAAGAAAUAUUUGUAUUGGAGAAUUAAGUUUGUAUUUUAUAGAGUCUAUGGCAAACGGUACAGUAAAAAUAGAUCCCACGUAAUGUACAUAAGUAUAAAAUUAAGAUAUUAAUAUAAAUAUUCCGCA